UCAGGGAGGAAGAUGAAGGACCCCUACCAGGCUGCUGGCAGGACUCUGCUUACUCUAGGGAGCCUCAGCAUCCUCUCUGGAGUGCUUGCCUUCUUCCCUGUCUUCUCCUGCAAGCUCCAGUAUGCAGGAUGGAGCGUUUGGAUCGCCUGUCCCAUCUGGAACGGGGCUUUGGCCAUCACAGCUGGGGCACUUGUGCUGCUUGCUCACCGAGAGAGGAGCCGGAGACACUUGUGGGAAGCUGGCUUCACCUUUGCAGUUCUGAGCAUCAUGGGAUGCCCACUUCAUUUUGCAAUAGCCUUGGAAUCUGCUCUCCUUGGUCCAUAUUGCUUCUACUCCUUUUCAGGAGCUGCAGGGACCAAUUACCUUGGUUACGCCGUUACCUUUCCUUUCCCGUACACGGCGUUCCCAUCAGUCUGUGCGGACCCGCUCCACUAUGAAGAGUAUCACCUGACCCUUCAAGUCCUGGACAUGUGCCUGAGCCUCGUCCUGUUCUGUGUGUCCCUGGCCGUGUUCGUCAAGCUUUCCACACGACUGGUGCAGAACGGACACGUAAAUGGUCAAAAGAAUGAACAGUAAAUGUGGAGUUGUGUUCCCCUUAAACUGACCUUAAUUUUUGGUCAUUAUUUUGAAAUAUUUACAAAGUAAUUGUGUUCUUUAAACUUUCCCUCUAUGUUCUUCUGAAAUAAAAUAGAAACAACUGUAUACUUUGGUCCUCCCAUUAACAUUUUAAAAUGUACAUGUUAUGGUGUUGAAAUGGAAAUAUUAUUGUUGCCAUAGACAUAUGAGAUAUAACUUUAUAGCCAAUACAUGAUUUGUUUUCAUUUUCA